AUGCCGGUGCCCUCGGCGGCCCUUGGCUACGGUUCUCCCUUGGCUAGUGCAGCCUUGUCUCGCCCACGUGGUCCUCUUGUCCAUGCCACAUCCACCGCUAACGUUCAUUCCCUAUCUAUCGCCUCUCCUCACGGUGGCAUUGGAGGUUAUGCUGGUAACUACGCAGGAGGACAUUCUGGUCAUCUUGGAGGAGGCUACGCUGGUCCUCUCGCAGGAGGGAUCGCUGGUCCCCUCGCAGGUGGCCUCACUGGUCACCUCGCUGGAGGCAUCGCUGGUCCUCUCGCAGGAGGAUACGCUGGUGCACUAGGAGGAGGCUACGCAAGUCCUCUUGCAGGAGGUUAUGCCGGUCAUCAUGCAGGAGGUUACGCUAGCCCCUACGCUGGUGGAUAUGCCGGUGGUUAUGCUGGUCAAUACGGAGCUUCUAGAGAUUACUACUCCCACCCCCAGUACAAAUACGCUUACUCCGUGUCGGAUCCCCACACCGGUGACAACAAGGCCCAGCACGAGAGCCGCGACGGUGAUGUUGUCAAAGGCGAAUACUCCCUCGUGCAACCCGAUGGCACUUACAGGAAGGUUUCCUACCACGCUGAUGACCGCAAUGGUUUCAACGCAGUGGUACACAACUCCGGACCGAACCAUCACGUCUACACUGCUCAACACCACCAUUAA